AUGAAGCUCGCGAUGAAGAACGUUUGUAUCGUGCUGUUGGUGAUUGUGUCGUUCUGUGGCCGCGCUCUUACGGUCCAGCGUUCAAACGAUGGCGGUGAUGAGGGCAGUCCGUUCCUGGAUAUGGCGACCGAGUUCCUGUCGACGCUCGGUAAUCAGCAACAGGGUGGCGGUGGUGGUGGUGGUGGUGGCGCUGGAGCAGCCGCUGGUCUUACGGGCAUAGCCUCGAUGCUCUUGCCACUGAUGGCCAAUGCGAAUGGUGGCGGAUCGGGUGGUAAAGCGAACAACGAUGGAAUGGGAGCGAUACUGUCCGGCCUGGGUUCGAUGUUGGCCGCUGGGGCUGGUGGUGGCGCCGGUGGUGGUGCUGGCGGCGGUGGUGGUGCAGGAUUCGAUCCGGCACUCAUCGGAAAUGUGCUGCAAAUGUUUGCCGGAGCGGCCAGUGGCGGUGGAGAUGAGGCAGAUGAACCGGUCAAGAGGCAGACAGCAGGAGGAGGCAAAAGGCAGAAGCGUAAGGCACCUGCGGCCGAACAAGGGAAUCCGAUGAUGGACACAAUGCUAUCGAUGGCUUCCACUUGGCUGGCGAACUACAACAAUGCCGACCAGGGUGACCAGGGCGGCUCGAAUAAUGGUGGUGGCGGAGCAGGUGGUGCGGAUGCUCUGCUCAAUCUGCUGCCCCUGGCCGUACAAGCAUUCCAAUCGUUCAGUGGUCCCGAAAUGGAACGGACCCAGGAACGGCACAAGGAUCACUCGUGGGUGCUGCCACCGUUCCUCGAGAAUCUGCACGUCAUGUGGGAUCAGUUCACGCAGUCCGAACUGGCUGGCGCUCUCUGGACGAAGCUGGGCCUUAAUAACGUCUUCAAGGGAUUCGUUGGACGCGAUGGGAAGCUGGCCUACGAUAAGCUGUUCGAGUCGCUCCAGAAUCAAUCGUUCCGUCGGCGCUGGAUUAAGGCGGCCACCAUCUACCUGGCCGAAUGGGCCACGUACAUCGCUAAUCCGGAGGUGUAUCAAAAGUACGUCGCUACCGGACAGAUGAUGGCUAACGGGUUCCUGCAGUCCCAGGGCUACCCGAAGCAAACGUUCCUCGACAUUGGCCGGCCGAGUGAGACGAUCUCGAACCUGAUCGAUCACAUUGCCAAGAAGCAUCUGUCGGUGAAGAUAUCGUCGAUCCAGUACGUGAAACCGGCCGUAAACUACGUGAAGGAUCUGCUGAAGCUUGGCAAAGCGAAACAGUUCCUGCAGCAGUACAAUGUGACCGAGAUGACGGACAAGCUAACCGAUACGCUUAACCUGGAGGUGAUCGAACCAGUCCUGAAGGUGCACCGUGCGUACCGGCAAGCGAUCGCUAAUCCGCACUGCGAUAAGUACAUCCUGUGUGAGAUCAACUCGCACGAUCCGAACGAAAAGCUGGGUCUCGGUGGCUUCAAACGGGGUGUUACGCGUUUCGGUAGUAUGGCCGCUGCCUGGUUCGUGGCCCAGGAAACCCAAACGCCGUUCUGGACGCUGUUCGCCAUUAUCAAUGAUCCGAACCACUGUGACAUCAAGUAUCCGGUCGAUUGCGUAGAGUAUCAUGAGAGCGAACAUCGCGUUACGACCGAGUAUCCGCACAGUGAGCUGUGA